UGUAGUUCGCAGUGCCUUUCUUCGCCUCUGGGUCCAUCUUUACUCCCUGGAGUCGAGGAGGGGGGCGCGACGGCGGCCGUGGAGGGUCAGUGUAAGGCGUGGCUGUGUCCGCAGCCCGCGGAGAGGCCGUCCGCGUAGGCUCGGAGCCCGGGACCGGCGGUCUGGCGUGCACCUCGCCUCCCUCCGCCGCUGCGGACGCUCUCCCGGGAAAGAACUUGCGGUCUGCUCGGCCCCCUCUGCAGAAAACUCCCAAGCCGCCUUUCAGCUUUCCAGAUUAGUCGGUCUUCCAGGACAGAACUCCGCCGCUCUGCAUCGCCCUGCAGCCGCCGCCUCCUCUGCACCACCCCUGAUUGUGGAGCUCGGGAACUCUUUGUCAGGGACUCGGACUCUGUUCUUGAAGAAAAGAUAAAGGUAGAGAAGAUGGUGGCUGAUUGUCUGACCAAUUGUUACCAGGUCUCGGUGACUUUUGAUGAUGUGGCUGUGGACUUCACCCAAGAAGAAUGGAUUUUAUUGGAUCAGGCUCACAGAGACCUCUACAGAGAGGUGAUGCUGGAGAACUACCAGAACCUGGCCUCAGCAGGAUGCGAGGUCAUCAAACCCAGUCUGAUCUCCUGGCUGGAAGAAGAGGAUUUGCAUAGAGAAGAUCUCCAAGAAUGGGAAAUGCCACUUGGCACCAAAGAGUCAACACUGCGUCAGGAGUUUUUGAGGGGACAGACUCCCGGUGGAAUACAAACAGUCAGAAGCCAUAGUGCACGAGAACUCUGUUACUAUGUACAGUGUGGAGAGAUCUUCAGUGAGCAUUCAUAUUUCAAGACACAAGUGAAAACUCACAGCACUUGCAACACUGGACAUCUUACUCACUCGGGUCAGGACGCCUCUGUUCAAAUGCACACCAUAAAAACGUAUCCGUGUAAGAUCUGUGGAAGAGCCUUUGGACGUUCUUCAAAUCUUAAUAGACACUUACGAAGUCACACUGGAGAAAAACCCUAUGAAUGUAAGGAAUGUGGGAAAGCCUUCACUACCUACUCGAGGCUAGUGGAACAUUUUAGAACUCAUACUGGAGAGAAACCAUAUAAAUGCAAGGAUUGUGGGAAAGCCUUUGCUAAGCGCUCAGGCCUUAUAACACAUAUAUCAACUCAUGCUUCAGAAAAACCCUUUGCGUGUAAAGAGUGUGGGAAGGCCUUUGCUUCCUCCCCGCGCCUUAGUCAACAUGUAAGAAUUCACAGUGGAGAGAGACCUUACAUAUGUAAGGAGUGUGGAAGAGCCUUCCUGACUUCCUCGUACCUACGGAACCACAUAGGAAGGACUCACAGUGGAGAGAGGCCCUAUAUAUGCGGGGAAUGUGGGAAAGCCUUCCAUUCUUACUCCAAUCUCCGGAGACAUGUGAGAACUCACAGUGGAGAGAGACCCUAUAUAUGCAAGGAGUGUGGAAAAGCCUUCCUCAACUCCUCAUACCUACAUAACCAUAUAAGAAAAACUCACAGUGGAGAGAUGCCUCAUAUAUGUGGGGAAUGUGGGAAAGUCUUCCAUGCUUCCUCAUACCUGCGUAGGCACUUGAGAACACACAGUGGAGAGAGACCGUGCAUAUGUAAGGAGUGUGGGAAAGCCUUCCUCAACUCCUCGUACUUGCGCAAACAUCUAACCAUUCAUACUGGAGACAAGCCCUACGAGUGUAAAGAGUGUGGGAAAGCCUACCGUAGGUACAAUCUGCUGCAUGACCAUUUAAAAACCCACACGGUGGAAAAACCAUUUGAAUGUGAUGUAUGUGGGAAGUCCUUUCAGUAUUUUUCGUACCUUACUAAACACAUUCGUAUUCACACCGGAACAAAGCCCUAUAAGUGUAAGUAUUGUGGCAAAGAUUUCACUACUUCCUCAAGCCGAACUGAACAUAUCCGAACUCACACUGGGGAGAGGCCCUAUGAGUGUACGAAGUGUGAGAAAACCUUCACUUCAUCCUCCAACCUCAUUCACCAUGGAAAAAUCCACACUAGAGAGAAACCUUUCGCCGAGAAUGUAGGGAAGGCUACAGCAGAUUUUACCUACUAACCGAACACUAGUACCUCAUGGUGAAUAGAAUCACUUCAGGUAGGAAGAAUGUCAAAUAUCCUUAGUCCCUUGUAUCUUGAUUUCAUCAGACUGGAACUUACGUUAUUAAGAAAUCAGUGUGGAACAGCCCCAAUUACUUUGGAAACAUAAAAGAACCCAUACUCAAGAUGCCCCAUGAAUUAAGGAAAGAAAUACUAAAGCCGACACUGUUUCCUAGGAACUUGUUAAGCAUGUGAGACUUUGCAGUAAAGGGAAAUACACUGAUAUAAGACAUACAGAAGGCUGUCGUCCUGCUAAGUACUUUUAAUUCAUUAGUUCCAGCAGUUGAGAAAACUUUUUGAAAGUAAGGAAUGUUAGAAAGUCACAUAAACUUAAUCCUCAGUGUUUAGUAAAAAUCAUAAUUCAUACCCAAGAGAAGUCAGCUAUCUGGAAAUUCUGUGUGCCCUGAAAUGUGGUAUUGCUGGCAGCAGUAAGGCCUGUUGGAUGUUGCUGUUUAUUUUGAACUUUCGAUGUCUGUCCUGAUAGCCCUAGAGUGAUAUGUUUUCUUUCCUCUAAGCAACGCCGUUUCAUUUUGGUUGUUACAACUUCUGGGUAGCAAGCUGGUGAUAAUGAAGACUUGUGGAAUAUAAACAUUGUUUUAGUGUAGAUUCUCUAGUUGGCUUAUACUAUUAAACAUGCUAGCCUAUAAUAACUUCCAGCAACUCCAUUUCAUAAUACGGUUCUCAUGGUCUUUAGAAUGUCCUUGUUCUUUCACAACUUUUAGGUAAAAGGUGAUAUAAAUAAACAGCUAAGCAAACAGACUAGCAAAGCCUUUUACCCGAAACACAUUAGGCUGUGAAUCUAUAGAUGGCUUAGUCUUCAGUGAGGCCAGAGCCCUCGUGACCUCUCACAUCUCACACUGAACACUGCAGCCCUGGGGACCAAGCCAUCGGUAUGUGAAUUUCAGAUACAAAUCAUAAUACAUUCCCUCCCAGGUUCUGGUAAGUCCUCAAGAUUACAAAUAGCUCAAGUGCUUGGGAGCAUGGUUUUCUAUAUGUGUGUGUGUAGUGGGAAUGAAAUAGGCGUACGUGUCACAAUGCACACAUGGAGAUCAGAAGACAGUUUGCAGGAAUCUGAUCAAUUCUUCCACCAUGUCGGUCCCAGGGAUAGAACUCAGGCUGUCAGGCACGGCUUGGCAAGCACCUUUCCUCACUGAGCCAUUGCACCAGCCCACAGUUUUCACAUUCAAAGCAAUCAGAGGCUGAAGAGGUGGCUGUGUGGUUCAGAAUACUUGCUGCUAGUCCAGAGGACCAGGGUUCUGUUCCCAACACUCACACUGAGAUGUUCACAACUACCUGUAACUGGAGCCCCAGGGGAUCAGGCUCCCUCUUCUUGUCCCUAGAUACUCAUGUGCAAGUACACAUACAGACACAUGAAUAAUGAAGUCUUUGUAAAAAGAAAAUCAAUCUAGAGUCCUGAACCCUAUUCUUCUCUGGGAAUACACCCAACCUAUAUGUCCCAUAUCCUAAAUCACUCUAGAUCAAAGAAAGCUGAAGAGAAAUAAAGACAUCAUCUAUAUUCUUAUUCAGUAGAUUUAUUCAAAAUGAUUGAUCUUAAAAUUUUUUUUCCAGGGGGCUGGAGAGAUGGCUCAGUGGUUAAGAGCACUGAUUGUUCUUCCACAGGUGGUCCUGAGUUCAAUUCCCAGCAACCACAUGGUGGCUCACAACCACCUGUAGUAAAAUCUGGUGCCAACUUCUGGCCUGCAGGGACACAUGCAGGCAGAACAUUGUAAACAUAACAAAUAAAUCUUUAAAAAAAAAUUUUUUUCCAGCCAUACUUUUCCUUCUUGGAGGAAAUUUCAGUAAUAUUGUGGAUAAUAGUUUUUUGCUUGCUUACAUCCUCGCCUCCUGCACUCUAUUUUUGCCUCUGUAGGUCUGGAUGGUGUGUCAUUCUGCGCCCUUGCUCAGUACAAUGCAUAAGAAACUUCAGUUAAUCAGGCACCAGUAUGGCUUCCCAUAGAUGCUCAUAGCAACCAUCUCUUCAUAGUUGAUGUUUUCUGUAUUGUUCGGUAUGCUUUGGGCAGUGCCUGGGGUAUAGCUGCCACUCUACUACAUUUUUGUUGUUAUUUUGGUUUGUUUUUCAAGACAGGUUUCACUGUGUAGC